AUGACUUCCCCUCAAAGAGAAGGAUUCAGUAUCCCAUCAUCUAUCUCACAUGCUGCUUUAGGACAAGUUCAAAGCAAGUCGCUUGGUGUUAAGUAUAACUGUGCACAGUGUGCUGCGUCGUUUUCGUUGAGCAAGAGUGAUACUAUCAGAUGCAAAGAAUGUGGCCACAGAGUUAUCUACAAAGCCAGAACGAAGAGAAUGGUACAGUUUGAAGCUAGAUAG